AAAAAGAUCACAUCACAUGACUGGAACAUUCUGCCUCAUGACAAUGAAUCUGCUGCCAGACUCUGAACAAACAUCGUAACUCCGUUUAUAACUGACAGACACUCAUAUAAACGCACAUAUACGCGCUGAUCGUCUUCAGUACGCAAGGUUUAGUACGUAGUGUUCAGCGCUCGGCGUUUGACGCUUUUCCUGACGGACGUCAGUACAGACAGACUGGGGCAUGAUGGUCAAACGGUGUUUCGCUGCAGGUGUCUGCUGGACUCUACUGAUGGGGUGUGUGUUUGCGGCUCAUGCUGUGACGUUUGAGGUGACUGAUGGAAACUCCACCUGCAUUAAAGCAGAACUCAGCGCCUCCUUCAGCAUCUCCUACAACACCGCCAAUGGAACGAGUGUGGUGUGGUUUGCGCUACCAUCCUCAGCAGCAGUGGGCAGCAGCAGUUCCUGCGGCGGCGGUGAUGUUCCUCCAGAGCUGGUGGUGUCGUUCGGUGCAGGUCACGCUCUGGCUCUCGUAUUCACCAGCGACAGAUGGCUGUACCGGGUGGCCAACAUCAGCCUGCAGUACAAUCUCAGUGACACCACCACCUUUCCACGAUCCUCCAGCUCAAGAAUUGUGUCGGUGAUGACGAACGCAUCGGAGAUCUCGGCGAGGCUGAACAGCACUUACAGGUGUCUGAGCUCCAUGUCCGUCAGUCUGAGCACCGAGGUCAACGUCACCUUCUCAGAUGUUCGCAUGGAGGCGUACAUGAACGGAGCAAACCUCAGCACAAACGAGAGUGUUUGCAGUGCUGAUCAGACGGUUACGACCGCUGCUCCGACUCUAUCACCCAGAACCACUGUUGCCCCGUCACCCAUCCCACUGCCCGCACCGGAGCGUGGAAACUACACCAUCACAGACGGCAAUGGCACUGCCUGUCUGUUGGCACUCAUGGGGCUACAGCUCAACAUUACGCACCACUCAAAGUCUCUGAACAAGACCGUCAGUAAAGUCAUGAACCUGCAGCCCAACAGAACCACAGCCUCGGGGUCAUGUGGGGUCCCCAGGGCCACGCUGAUGCUGUCUGAGGAUCUCACCAACCUCACCUUCACCUUCACACUGAACCUGACCACACAGAAGUUUUUUCUGAGUGCUGUGAAUGUCUCUGCCUUCUGGCCUGACAUGACAGAUUGGUUUGUGGAGGGAAACGGCUCUCUGAACUUCCUGCAGUGCAGCGUGGGCCGCUCGUACAUGUGCAGUGCGGAGCAGAUGCUUGCUGUGGUGCCCACCUUCUCCAUCAACACCUUCAGACUGCAACUGCAGCCUUUCAACGUCACUGCAAACCGCUUUGCUGCAGCGGAGGAGUGUCGUGUGGAUCAAGAGAACAUGCUCAUCCCUAUCAUCGUGGGAGCAGCUCUGGCCGGUCUGGUGCUGAUCGUCCUCAUCGCAUAUCUGAUCGGCAGGAAGAGGACACACGCCGGAUACCAGACCAUCUGAUUGUCUUCAUCAUCAUCAUCAUCAUUCUCCUUCUGCACUGUGAUCAACUGCAGCUAGACGCACUGGAGUGAGAGUGAGUGUUUGCUGUAAGGUCAGAGGUCAGCUGCAGCGGUCACUUGUAUGUGUGUGUGUGUGUGUGUGUGUCUCUGUGCUGCGAGGUCAGCUGCUGUGGUCACAGGUGUAUGUGUGUGUACGUUUGCUGUGAGGUCAGAGCUCACAGGUGAGGUCAGCUGGAGCGGUCACUUGUGAGUGUGUGCUUCUGCGCUGUGAGGUCAGAGGUCAGCUGCAGCAGCAUUAGUGUGUGUUUGGUCUGGACUAUAUAGUGUCGAUAAGUUCAAAGCUGUUAUGAAUGAAUGAAUGUGUUUGUGUGAAUGAUGAUUGCUUGAGUUCAGACGUUCAGCACAAACUGGACAAACCAGUUACUCUGACAAAUCUUCCCUCAUGGACAUCCUCAAGUCCUCAAAAAUAAUUUUUUAUUUUAUUAUAAUGUUCUUUAUUAUGUUCUUUUUGUUCUAAACAUGCUAAAUGAUUUCUUUUAGUGUUUGUAGUCAUUUUAAUUGGCUUUAAGUAAAAUUAAUAGAAGUUUAUGACCUUAGCUUAUUUUCAUAAGUGUGUGUGUGUGUUUGUGUUUCAGGUGCCCUACAUUAUAAGAAUUUAAAUUAUAACAAUUAAAAUAUGAUUAGCUCAGUAUAAAAACCAUUACAGUGUGUGUGAUGCUGGCAUUAAAUGACACCUGAUAUAAAUAAUAGAUGUUUGUUCUUGUUUCUCGGAACAUGAAACCUGAAAAGAGCCGCUGGUGAAUUACCCAUGAUCCUUCACACAGGCACACACGAUCAGCAGGUGUAAGGGGCCAUUCACACUGAAAGCGCUUGUGCUGAAAAGCACGAGGCGCUGCAGUGGAGUGGGAAAAUAUGCAAAGCCUUUUAAAAGUUGAGCACUGCAAUUUUAGAACCGUGUUUCAUGUAUGAGACGCUGAAAAAAAACGGUCAAACGCGUCCAUCUAGCACAGUGGUUCUCAACCCGCGGCCCGUCACAAAUCCAAAUGCGGCCCA